CGCUAUUUUAUUAUUUUCAGAAUACAUCGACGAUUUUCUUGAAGGCUAAUCUGGAAUACUUACGAGGAAAUUAUGAAAAGGCAAUACAAUUUUUGAAUUCGAAAAUGAAAGAAAAUUUAGAUUUCAAAUUAUGUGGAGAAUCUUCAGAUGUUUUGUUUUAUAACAAUAUGGCAUGUCUGCAUCUUGCGAUGGGUAAACCGACUUUGGCUUGUUCUUAUCUCCAGACAGCUUUGCGCGCAAAUAAAUGUGCGUUGGAAAGCAUGCAAAUUAAAGACUCUGGUAAAUUCUUACAAUUAUUAAGU